AUGGUCAACAAGCGCACUAUGCCUACACAGAAACCACAAUUGUUUCCUCGGGCGGAGAGGCCAUCGUCCAUCGCAGAACUUGUAGAGCGUGCCAAUCUAGACGAAUGGAUACACGCUCAGGCAAGUAAUCUGGAACUGACAAAUUCCGUUAAAGCAGUUGCAGACCUUAUCGACGCAUGUAGUCAUCUGGAGCUGGAGGAUCUAAUAGAGAUAUACACUGGUCAGGUGGAUGAGAGGCUGCUGGAAGAGAAGUUUCUCCAGCUCAUUCGAGUGGCUGGCCUGCUGUUCGACGUCUUUCCAGCACACAGUCAAUACAAAGCGAUACUGGAGACUGAUGAAUUUGAAACGGCGAGCCUACCAUUCCAUGCUAUACUAAGUGUCCUUGUUAAUCGUAAUCAAACUUGA